UGGCGGCAUUGUUUGUCACUACCUCACAUUUGUAGGUUAUCAACACUUUGAAACUAUUUUCAGCAAAUAUUUAAAAUUGCUGCAAUGUUCACAUUUAGAACAUUAUUUAGGAGUGCUAAUUGUGGAAUAAUUACCAACAGAACUUACUUUACUGUGACAAAAUGCUGCCAGAAUUAUAUUAAACCGUCUCCACUCAAUCAGGUGUUCACUGAAGAAAGAAACUUCACAAAAAAUGAAAUACUAUAUACCUCUGUAAGACAAUAUGCUAAGUCUAAAGAUAAGAAAAAAGAAAAAGGUAAAGCAAAAGUUGCCAUUAAUGAAAGCCAACUGUCUGAAGUAAUCAACCUCGAAUCACUCAAAACUCAUAUGCAAAAAGCCGUAGAGACGUUAAAAGAUGAGUACACGAAACACUUGUCAGUCAGAACAAAUGCAGGUUCCAUUGAGAGUAUCCCUGUAGAACUUGAUGGAAAAACGCACACCUUGCAAGAACUUGCUCAAAUAGUUAGGAAGAAUCCUAAAACAAUGGUUGUUAAUAUGUCAGUCUUCCCUCAAGCCAUACCAGCAGCUUUAAAAGCAAUUGAAAAGUCAGGAAUGAACCUGAACCCACAACAAGAUGGAACAACGUUAUACAUACCAGUUCCUAAAGUUACAACAGAACACAGAGAAAACUUGGCUAAAAAUGCAAAAGCUUUAUUUAUAAAAUGUAGAGAUGCCGUCAAAGAUGUGCAAAACAAGCAAAUAAAAUCACUGAAGAAAAAGGACAAACUAUCGGAAGAUCUAGUCAAGAAUUGUGAACAACAAGUUGUUGCUAUUGCUAACACAUAUGUGACUGAAGCUGAGAAAAUAUUGGAAAGCAAACAGAAAGAAUUACUUAUGAAAAAUUAAAAUAGGUCACACUUCUAUUUGUUACAUUUGAAGUAAAAAUACAAAUUUAAGGACAA